AUGUCUUUUCACCAUAAAGAUAAUAUUGAAGUAUCAUCUAAUAAUGAAGUAUCUAGCCAACAUAAAAAACUAAACAUAAUAAUACACAUAGAGGAAAUGCUGUUAAAAGUUGGAUCUGAUAUAAGAUUUGCUGUUUGUAAAGUUGAAAAAGUUAAGGGAGUAAAAUGUGGUACAAAAUACAAAGUUGGUACAUCCACUAAUUUUCUUCGUGAUCUGAUUCCAGUUUUAGGUCCUUUUGAAGAAGCAACUAGAUAUCUUGGUAGUAGUAACUAUGCUACUUAUAGUAUAAUGAAUUCUUUAAUAUCUGAAAUUGUUAAGAGACUUAAACCUGCAACAUUAACGAAUAAAAUAAAUAUUGAAAAAAUCGAUGAUAUUUUUGUAGCAAUCGAAGAAGAUACACAAAAAAAAGAUUUAGAUAACUCUAUGCAAACAUUAAAUGCAUUAGAAGGAGUAAAAGAAACACUAUAUCGUGCAAUACUUUUUUAUUUGAAAAGGGAUAAUGCAUCAUAUUUACCUUCUAUCCUUGAUCCACAUAUUAAAAAAAUAGAAUUCGCAUCAAAUAAGAUAAAUGAGAUUCAAGUAUUAUUGAAAAAUAAAUAUCAAGAAAUAAAAAGUAAUCUAACAGUUAAUUCAACUACAGUUUCAACAACUACAGCCUUAUCACAAAAUCUAUCAAAUACAUUUUCUCCUAAUUCUAUAUUAACUCCUUUUUAUAAACCUACACUUUUCAGUAUAUUUAAUAACCUACCAACUGUUAACUCACAGAGCGAACUUGAUGAAUAUCUUACUAUCUCACAAAUACCUUUCGACUCUGAUCUAUUUUCUUUGUGA